GGUUGAUUGAUGAUGAUAGCUGGAAAACGGCGUGUUUGCGCAUGUGUUUGCGUGUGACUGAAAAGCUAGAAUUUGUGUGAUGCAACGCUCGUAGUUCGUGGGCUCACGUCUAUGUGUCGACGGCCCGUUAGCGGCUAUGGUUCAAGAUGAACAGUGUCGGAGAAGAGUGCAACGAGCUGAAGCAAAAGUACGACGCGUGCUUUCACAGUUGGUUCUCGGAACAAUUCCUCAGGGGUCGCAAAGAAGAUCAUUGCGCUUCGCUGUUGAAGGUCUACCAGGAGUGCGUGAAGAACGCCAUCCGCUCGCAGAACAUCGAGUUGUGGGAGCUGGAACAAGAUGUUCUCGGCACUGACAAGGAAAAAGAGACACCGCCGCCCAAGAGCUAGUAGUGCUUUGGACGGGGCGCCGGCCCCUCGCUACUUGCUGCCUAUCUCGACAAGGACCGCGGACGCUACACGUGUGUGAUAGCAGCGUAUCGGAUGACCCGCAAUCGCCUUGUGGAAACAUGCCACGUCUAGUUCACGGAACGCGCAAAAAAUAAAGUGUUUUGUUUAAUACAUUGCUCGCGCAGUUCUGCCUACGUGCUAUGCAUGUCACCUGCUGCACCGGCGCUGGUAGCAGCAACUCUCUCUCGGUUUUUCUGGCUCCCCGCCGCUGAAGACCGGGUGUUAUUUGCACCCUGGCAGACGAUUCAAGGUCAUUUUCAGGGUACGGCGUAUCUUGCUUAUUUGAGUCUCGUGUAGCUCUGAUAGAGAGCGUAUUUCUAGCUGGCAGCGGGCCCUCUGGAAAACGGGAGGGGACGGUUGGGGUCGUGCGCAAACAGACGCACUCAUGUACGGCCAGUCGGUUGUCUGUCAGCGCUAAUACACACUCAGUCGUGUGUACGUCCUCCGUGAAUUUCGAAAUGAAGGCGAUAGUUGCCCUUGUCUUCGUUGUCGUCGGCAUACAGCACGUCUCUUAUUGCUACCCCGACAUCGAGUACCUCGGAAAUGGCACUGUUUUGCAGCGUUUCUUAAACUUCGUGCCCGGUACCGGUGAAACUGAGCAUACCAUCGCCUCGCUGACGGGACAGCUACCUCCUGAAUGGCAGAACGUAACCUCCAAGCGUUCUAACCUGCUCGAGAUAGCAAAAAAGCUCAACUUGACCACGUUAGUUGAAGCAGUAAUCAAAGUUGGGCUUGGAGGACUGCUGAAUCACGAAGGUCCAUUCACCUUGUUUGGUCCCACGAACGAAGCUUUCGAAAAGGCACCCGACGCCUGCAAGUAUGUUCCUCUGAAAAGUAUCGUCAAGUACCACAUUGCGCUUGGAGCGCAUAAGAAAAAUGAAUUGAAGAACAACCUACUGCUGAGAAGCUUUUUGCCCGGACACACACUGCGAAUCAAUAUCUACCCGCAGACGAAGUCUGUAACGGUUUCCGGAAAACACAUUACCGGUACUGACAACGUGGCCUCCAAUGGAGUCGUGCACGUACUUUCGGAGGUGAUCUGCUCAAAUUUCAAAGGAAGCACAGCUUACGAGCUAAGUCGCUGCAAGGCUUACUCGAUCCUUAAUGACUUGAUCAAGAAAGCUGGCCUCUACAGCACCCUCGACGGAGAUGGACCAUUCACGGUGUUUGCCCCAACGGAUAAGGCAUUCGCAAAAUUGAGUCCCGAUGUCAUCGACCACCUCAAGAACAAUGUUACAGCCUUGAAAGAGGUUCUGCUCUACCAUGUGGUGCCCGAUGUGUGGUACAGUGCCGGCCUCACGAAUGGGCAGCUGAAGACUCUGCAGGGACAGAACUUAUCUGUUUCUAUCAAUGAAGGUGGUGUUCACAUCAACGACGCCUCUGUCAUCUUUGCGGAUGCCGCUGUGAGCAACGGCGUAGUCCAUUCAAUCGACACCGUGCUGAUUCCGAAGCUGAUCAGGUUCAACAGAGUCUUUCGUGUGACUAUCGUAACCACGGCAUAAUCUCGCUCUGUGGAGUCCGGGACUUUGCCUUUCUGUGCGGCCAUGCCUCAGACUAAUUACUUUUGUUUGGUUAUGUUAAAGUAGAUGGUCGUGCCUGUGCGGUGCAGAUCUUAUGCCACUCACAAAACUACAGACCAGCAGAUCGUUGCUAUGAACAUUCUUUUCAUUUCCCAGAGCUCUGGAACUUACUGUAUGCUGCAGAAAGUUCAGUAAACAGCCCAUAGUCAGGCCCGGCAGCCACCAGCAAUGAAGCUAACGCAAUUUUAACAAAAAGUGUACAUAAUGCUCAAUACAUAAUUAAGCAUUACAGUGAAUAAGAAAAUUUGGUGGAGGCAUGUUUGCAUGUCAAGUCUAAACCUGUAAGUGACCAGUGAUGCUCGCCUCAAUUCGGUGUGCCUUUUCGUAUCGUUCAUAAAGUUGGGUACCAGUGAAAUGUAAUAGUAGUGUAAAAAAUGCGUUGCCAUCAAAGGGUGCGAUUUCACGGAGGUAAUCCGGGCGCACUGGUUUGUACGUCUUAAUUGCAAGUAAAACUUUUAUCAAUCUGUCUCUGACACAACAUGCAGUUGUGUGCAACGCAGUAUAGUGUGCUCACAUAACCUUUCGUUUAGUGGAUGAAUGUGCACCUGACACAUAUAAUUAAGAGUGAACAAAACUUGAGACGUGAAAGUGCCAGAGUGACAUUAGUUACGAGUAAUAUAAUUAAGCCAAACCUUUCUAUGCAGACCGCUUUACUUUGUAGUAUCAAUAUUGGUCACAACAAUAAUUUUGGGUAUUAAAAAUACUCAUCGCAAUUCUUGAACAUAUGCACAAUCAAUAGCAUUCAUUAUAACCAGAUGCAUUUUGAUGAAUACUCCUUAAUACUCUUUAUAUACACUUAGAUGGUGCUUUUCCUUAAUAUCCUGAGACACUUAGUCUUAUAAAAUUUUAUCGGCUGCAGACAGCCUAUAAAUAGUCACAACAAUAUCAAGUGCCACGUAGAUAUGUAUGUCAGUAUUACGUGGCAAUCUAUUGUGUACGUUAUUGUACUUCAGACCAGCUGUUAUUAAUGUCUACUGUAGCCAGCUACAUAUUUAGUGCCUUAUAUUUUCUGCCUGCUUCUCUGUUCAGAAUCUCUUCAUAUAUUUUUCUUUUUUGCAAUACAUUUAAUUGAAGAGCAUCUGACAUUUUACACAUAUGCUGGUUUUAGAGGAAAACUCAAUGCUUUGUUUUGUUUAGAUGUUCUCGAAGUGUAGCUUCAUGGCUUCUCUUUUGCUGCUUGUUUACCAAAUGCUAUAUACUACUAAUUACCAGAUACAUUUGUGCUCAACAGAAAGAUGACAGCAAGUGUUUGUCGAGUCACGUUGCUCGUGCUGGUAUUCUAACUAGCGCAGCAGCUAUCAUGCAAUUCCAUACCACUGAAUAGCAUUUAGCAUAACUGUGUGUAUGUGUGCUCAGGUGAAUUAAAAGCUGUUCUCAGAGCCAACUGUAUUCACUCGAGCAAAGAAGUGUUCUCAGGGCCAAAUGUUCACUCGAGCCUAUGAAACAUACGAUAACUUUAAAAGCAAUCUUUAAUUAUUGAGAAAUGUACUGAAUUAUGCCAGCUCAUUUCUAUGAAUAAAAUUUUUAAACAAACA